GAUAAUAUACGUAAGCCAGCGGUCUCUACCCGGGUUACUGUUGUGAAAAUGGUACAGACGAUGUUUCUCAAAAAUGGUACAUGUGUACAGAAAAUUUACACUGUACAUCAUAGAAUGGGACUUUGCCGUGCUUUGGCAUCUAAAAGAUCUUCUAGUAGUGGGGGAUGUUUGAUGAUACCCACAUCAAACUUCCACACAGGCUUUUAUUACAAGAAAAAGAGAUGGGCAGUUGAUGUUCCAUCCAUGCGCGUGGGUGGACUGCAAACACCCCGUACCCCACUUGCAAUGAGUUAUCAUCAUAACAGCUCAUAUGCAAGUGUAUUAAGCAAGAUGUUUUAUGUUAAUGCUGAAUCUCCACCAGAUGAAGCUGUCAUUAACUCUACCCCAGUACAAGAUGGAAUUACUUGUGACACGCUUCCAUCACCAAGCCCUCUGCCUGAUACUGCACAAGUAGUCACAAAUGACCUUGCCAGCCAAAGUGCUCAGUCUGUUUGUGAUUCAGUUGAAUAUAUCCCUGUCCCUCCAACACCACCGGAAAUGAUUGGUCCAGCGCUCAAUGCUCUUGGUGAGCCUACAUUCCAGAGUAUUGGCAUAGGGGGUUGGACGCCAGUUGGAAUGAUACAGCAGAGUCUUGAAUUCUUGCAUGUGUCCAUGGACCUUCCUUGGUGGGCUGCAAUUAGUAUAGCAACAGUUUGUAUUCGGACAAUGAUUUUCCCCCUGGUUUUGGUAGCUCAGCGAAAUGCUGCAAAGAUGAACAAUAACUUGCCUCAGUUACAAGUCCUACAAAUGAAAAUGUCAGAAGCAAGAAACUCUGGGAACCAGUUGGAAGCUGCAAGACUUGGCCAAGAAAUGGUGAUUUUCAUGAAGGAGAAGGAUAUAAGCCCAAUGAAGAAUGUUGUAGUACCUCUAGCGCAGGCUCCUAUCUUCAUAUCAAUGUUCAUGGGUCUAAGAGGAAUGGCUAAUCUUCCUGUUGAAAGCAUGCAGGUUGGAGGACUUGCAUGGUUCACAGACCUAACAGUCAGUGAUCCCUACUAUUUGUUACCCAUUGUUACCUCACUUACAAUGAUGGCUACUAUUGAGCUUGGUACCGAUGGAGCAAGAUUAAAUGCUCAGAACAUGAAUGCGAUGAAGUGGGUGUUGCGAGGGAUGCCAGUUAUCAUCUUCCCUUUUACUCUUAAGUUCCCAGCAGCUGUGUUGUGUUACUGGGUGGCAACCAAUUUAUUUUCUCUGGUGCAAGUGGGUUUUCUCAAGAUACCUACUAUUCGAGGUUUUUUCAAAAUUGACAAACUGGUUAAUCAUUCACCAGAAUCAUUACCACAGAAGAAGAAAGGAGUUGUAGCAAGUUUCAAAGAAUCUUGGAGUAACAUGCAGAUUUCCAAAGAAAUUGAAGAACGUCAGAGGUAUGAUGAAAUGAGAUUUACAAAGGCAGGUACAGGACCUGUUCUGCGAACGUACAAACAUGAUCCAACGAAAAGGAACACAAUUAGCGUUAAAGCUAAAAUCAAGGGAAAGUAAAUUAUAGUUACCAUUUUGGUUUACUUUUUUUUGUUAUUUCAAAGUAAACUAGAUUAAUGAUUCCAUUUGAGUAGUGUUUCUUGUUAUCUUAAUAUCUGAUCAAGGCUUUUGAGUUACUUUAUAGUUGUAACAAUAUCUGUAAUAAUUUCACUAUUAAACAGUGAUAGGAUCAUGAUUCUUAAGAUAUGCUUUGGAGAUGGAGAGAUAAUGAGCAUGUCAGUCAAAUUGUAAAUAAAUGUGAUAUUACAGAA